AGGGACGUCCAGGUCCUCAUCUGCGCUCUGUACAGCAUCAGCACCAGCCGCUACGUGAGAAACAACCCGAGUCGCAUCCCUGCGGAGAGGAGCACCGCGUGCGCUUCAUUCAAUCUGGAGCGUCAGAUGGUGCAAGAUGCAACGCUUCUUUGUCCUCCUCUACACCCGGACUGUUCAAGUUAACACUGGAAUGGACCAAUAUUAGUUAAGGGACUCGAGAAUACAUAUUUAUGUUGCACUGAAAGGGCUCCUAGGACGCGCGCUUGGAUUAUUGUCCUAAUAUCACAAUUCCCGUGGAUUUCCUACAUGUGCAACUAAACACACACGCCGCGGCUUCCAGAGCAAUAAAGCAAAUCAUCGCCUCCUAAAAUGUGUUAAUUCGGUUUCUUUCUCGCGAGGGAGGAGCAAUGAGAUCGUAAACAACACUGGGUGGCUUUGUUUCUCGGACAGGACCCGUGGAAGAUCACAUUGACAUGUCUUUCAGUGCUGGAUUUGGAGCUACCGUUAUUUCUCCACUAACUUAGGGAAGUGUUUUUCGUAUAUCUUUGAGUUUGCAUUAGAGCUCAGUUCUACUUUUCUAACAAACACAUGCAGUUUUCUUCAUAUCUUCUUCCUACAUUGUGGAGUGUUUGGGAUGCUUUUAUCAGAAGGGCGUAUUUGAUUCGCCUCUGUCGCCUUUGUAGCGAAGAAAGACCCCUCUAAACCCAUUGCCUCGGCAUUAUCUUGUGGAGUUACAGCGACCCACGUGGAAACACGGACUCGACGGAGGGCAAGAUGGGCUGUUGCAGUGGUAGAUGCACGCUGGCAUUUAUAUGUGGCAUGCAAUUGAUCAGCAUCCUGGAGCGACAGAUAUUUGAUUUCCUUGGAUACCAGUGGGCUCCAAUCCUCACAAACUUCAUCCAUAUCAUCACAGUGAUUCUAGGUCUCUUUGGGACAGUACAGUUCAGACCGCGAUAUGUGACCGGGUAUGCAGUCUGGUUGGUGCUGUGGGUCGCCUGGAACGUCUUCAUCAUCUGUUUCUAUUUGGAAGUGGGUGACCUUUCAAAGGACACAGAUCUGAUUAUGACAUUCAACAUCUCCAUGCAUCGCUCCUGGUGGAUGGAGAACGGCCCGGGGUGCAGGGUGACCCCGGUGACCCCUCCUCCCUCCUGGGCCCCGGAGGACCAUCGCUACAUCAGCAUCACCGGCUGUCUGCUGGAGUACCAGUAUGUGGAGGUGGCCCACAGUUCCUUGCAGAUUAUCCUUGCUCUUGCUGGGUUCAUCUAUGCCUGUUAUGUUGUGAAGCUCAUUUCAGAAGAGGAGGACAGCUUUGACUUUAUAGGAGGGUUUGAUUCAUAUGGUUACCAAGGGCCACAGAAGACGUCACAUUUGCAACUACAACCAAUGUACAUGUCAAAGUAAAAGGAUAACUGCCUUAUCAGCCAAUCAAAACGAUGAACUGAUGUUUGAACUUGUCUUUCUACGUAAAUGUCUUAACAUGAUAGUGUCUUACGGAUUGUCGGAGGAACACAGAACCGACACUUCAACCUCAAAGACUCCAAGUGGAUUUUCUUUGUCUACGCCCAGCCCUUCCUCCACCAGAGCGCUGCCAUCAGGCACGAGAGAGCCCUCAUGUGGCCGACCCCCUCUCAUCAUUAGCAGUGUGAAACGGAGGAGCAGAUUGAGUCAGUGUCUGUGGAUAGAUCUGCAAUAAGAAAGACUUGGAAUCGUGCAAUGGUACACCGAGAUGAUAUAGUGUCAGUGUCUCCAACUGACUUUCACGGAAACCAUCCAUACUUAAAGAAUGUUCAUUAAAUAGUCAGUAUGACAUUAGUUAUCUAGUCCUACAAUCUUUCAAAUGGUCUCUUGAGUGGAGAGUCAUUAUUCCAGUUGUGUUUACAAAGGGUUAUUCCAAGCAUCGGAAUUACCAUCUGUGUUUAAUUGCAACCCAAGUCAGUUUUUCUUCUUUCUCCUGGAUGUACUUGUCUUGAAAGUGCCAAGAACAGUUACGUAAAAAAAAAACUAAAAAAAAUCAAAUAAAGAAAUCAGUAGCUGCUAAGAGAUUCAUAUUUUUUUGGAGUUACGAAACUAUGAUUUUAUCCGUUCGACGUCACCAUGGGAUCACCCGUAUUUGUUUGCAUGAGGUGUCCAAAUCUGUUGCGUAUUUAAUAUCUUUCAGCUAGACAUAGGCUGACCUUGGAACGGGUAACAGACGCUCCAAAAGGUUACGUGUGAAUAUUGUUGUUUUUUAAGACGGUGUUGAGUCUUGUUAACAAGAUAACGGAUAGAAAACCAAUUGUAACUUCUUUCUAUUUUAAGCCUUUUUUAACGUGUGCCAGUGUUCACUCUUUUCUAGUAGACUAAUAAUUUAUUAUGGUGUGUAAGUGGGCCUUUCUUUUCAAUAUUCCUGUACAUACUGAGGGGGGUAGGGAUAGAGAUGCAGUAUUUCUAGUGAUGUGACAUGAGAAGAGGUGUGAGGAAGAGUCUAAUCUGGUUAGAACGCUUUGUUUUGUGUAGUAACAGGACCCCAAGAGUAACGAGUUUUCGUUCCCCAAUAUUUAGGCGAAAGGGAUAGAAUCGCGCAAAGUGCUGAAGCUAUUCAGGUGUUUUAGCUGUUCUGUAUAACUUCUUUUGUUACUUGCCUCGUGAAUGAAUAUCAAACAAGAGUUUCUUUUAAUGCUGCACUUUCAAUUGCCUAAAAUACUGUGCAUAUUGUAGCCCUUGGAUGAUGCGUGAAAGCAAGAAAUGUCUUCAUUUUGCUCAAACUACCAUGCCAAAGCGCAGCUGAGUAACAUAUCCCCCCCCCCAACAGAUAAUGUGUAUUUCUCCACUGUAUAUUAUCUUUUCCCUUAAACUGAUUCUAGUAACUGUGUGGAGUUGGCAUAUGUAUGCGGUAUGGUGUCGAAUAUUCUGAGAGAAAGUGCCUAAAAUGACAUCCUGUUAACAUUCCAAUAAAUAAUGUUCCAAUAAAUGGCAAUCUGCUCUCACCCCGAACGGCUGUACAUAAACAGAGGGUCUGACUGAACUGGGUUUCAUCAAACACCUUGUGAACUGCACUGGCAAAGCUAAGUGGCUUUGAUAAUUAAUAAAGAUAUUUUAGCUGCGCCACUCUCCAGACCUCACUGGCAAAUAAUUCCCUGCAGUCCCUUGCUGCAAUCGUUCUGCAUCUGACCCGAUAUGGAGUGAUAGAUGUUUGUAUGGGUACUGCAAUUAAUCAGAAUGAUGACACUAGGAAAGGAAAGCUGUAUGGGCAUGUCUCUCAGAACCAGACUUUUAUUUUUGUAUUUUAAUUUGUAUUAAUAAGGGAGAUUAUUAUAUAAUUUAUCUUAAAUUAUAUUAUUUAUUAGAAUACUGUAAUGCACAAACAUCACAAUCUCAUUACUGUAAUGCAAUAAUAAUAUCAAAAGUAGAAUAUUACAGUAAUGAAAGUCUUGAUAGAAUAACCAUUAAGAAUAUUGGGAACUUAAAAAAACAAACAAAAUUGGUAACAAAAAAGAAGCAGCAGGAAAUGUUAUAACAGUAAUGUUAUAAAAUAUCUUAAAUGUCUUAUAUAAUUAAAUCAUAAAAAGGGGACCUUAAUAAUUAAAUAAAAAGCAUUGAAUUUAUUUGCAAAUUACUUAAAUGCCUCCUGAUAUAUAUAUACACUGAUCAAGCAUCACAUUACGACCACUGACAGAAUAACACUAAUUAACUCUUCAUCACUGCAUCUGUUAGUGGGUGGGAUAUGUAAACAUUUUGUCCUCAAAGUUGAUGUGUUAGAAGCAGAAAAAAAUGGGUAAGCAUAAAGAUUUGAGCGAGUUUGACAAGGGCCUAGGAUAGAUGACUGGGUCAGAGCGUCUCAAAAACUGCAAGCUCUUGUGGCCUGUUCCCAGUCUGCAGUGGUCAGUAUCUAUCAAAAGAGGCCCAAGGAAGGAACAGUGGUGAACUGACGACAGGUUCAGGGCUCAUUGAUGCACAUGGGGAAUAAAGGCUGGCCGGUGUGGUCUGAGCCAACAGAUGAGCUACUGUAGCUCAAACUGCUCAAGAAGUUAAUGCUGGUUCUGAUGGAAAGCUGUCAGAAUAUACAGUGCAUCACAGUUUGUUGUGUAUGGGGCUGCAUAGCCACAGACCAGUCAAGGUGCCCCUGCUGACCCCUGCCCACUGAAGAAAGUGCAAACAGUGGGCAUGUGAGCAUUAGCAAUGGACCUCGGAGCAAUUGAAAAAGGUGGCCUGCGAAUGACAUUUUCUUUUACAUCACAUGGAUUGCCGGGUGCUUGUGCGUCGUACCUGGGGAAAACAUGGUAUCAGGAUGCAUUAAGGGAAGAAGGCAAGCUGGCAGAGGCAGUGUGAUGCUUUGGGCAAUUCUCUGCUGGGAAACAUCCAUAUGGAUGUUACUUGACACGUACUGUACCACCUACCUAAGCAUUGUUGCAGACCAUGUACACCCUUUCAUGUAAACAGUAUUCCCUGGUGACUGUGGCCUCUUUCAGCAGGAUAAUGUGCCCUGCCACAAAGCAAAAAUGGGGAUCAUCAGGAAUGGUUUGAAGAGCACAACAACAAGUUUGAGGUGUUGACCUGGCCUUCCUCAGAUCUCAAUCCAAUCGAGCAUCUGUGAGAUGUGCUAAACACCUUUCCAUAGGCCCCACCUUGCAACUUACAGGACUUAAAUGAUCUGCUGUUAACAUUUAGGUGCCAGAUACCACAGCACAGCUUCAGGAGUCUAGUGGAGUCCAUGCCUCGACAGAUGAGGACUGUAUUGGCAGCAAAAGUGCUGUUUUGACUAACAUAUUAUUAGGAAGGUGGUCAUAAUGUUAUGCCUGAUCGGUUUAUAUAUGUAUAUAUAUAUAUGUGUGUGUGUGUGUGUGUGUGUGUGUGUGUGUGUGUGUGUGUGUGUGUGUGUGUGUGUGUGUGUGUGCGUAAUUUAAUUGUGGAAUUAUUUUAUUGAUUUUACUUUUUUAUUAUUUGGAGUUUGGGGUAGUUUCUUAUGUUUAUGCUUAUGCCUAAACUACUCAAAGAUGAGCAGAUUCCAAAAGAUUGAGACUUGCAACAGUCUAUCAUACUUUCAAGACAUUUGUAAAUACAUCCUGAUUCAACAUGGUGCUUGAUUAGACUUUAUCAUAUUUAAUAAACAGGGCAAAGUUAAAGCAAAAAAAAAUUUUUUUAAAUAAAAAGCAUGUUCUGCUUCUCAAUAUACUUGCAAGGCACAUUCUAAGCUUACAUGAGAUUUACCCAGCAUUAAUACAUGUAAAACAAGACUUGACAAUGUUAAAUGUCAAAUUUGAUCAAAUCAUACUUAUGAGCUGAAAGAAGCCUGAAUGAAAAUGAAUACCGUUCUAGUUCAGGAAAUCCUGCAUGGUGCUUCUACCCAGGAGUGCUCUAACCAAAACUGGGAAUAAAAAAUAUGGAUUCAGAAAUUGGUUUAAAUUCUUGUGAAGUGUACAACAUGGUCCGAUCAAAAUAGCAAGUCAUUAAAUGGUCCACUAUGAUAUUGUCAAACAAAUGACACUCAUGGUAGAUGCUUUAAGCAGCUUUCCAGGUUGAUUUCAUUGGGUUCUGUGCUUUUUUUUUUGUUUUGAACAGGUAGGAAUUUUCUAUUUCUGUAACUUUUAAAGAAUGACUGUAAAUAAAACCAGACUGUGUCAUUGACUCUUUA